CGCGUCGUCGCCGACUACUCUCAAGUCUUAACACACCAUAGCCGCCACAACCGAGGGUUAACGUAUAAAUUGAAACUUAACCUUACGAUUCUGUCAAAUCACGGAAAAGCACAAGUCAGAGAUGGAGAACGGAGAUAUUCCAGAGAACGCCAAUGAACAUUGCCCAGGUCCCCAAUCGGAAAGUGCUGGAAAGUCAGAUUCUUGCGCAGGUUGCCCUAAUCAGGAAGCAUGCGCAACUGCUCCUAAAGGACCUGACCCAGAUUUGGUUGCCAUAGCAGAGAGGAUGAGCACUGUUAAGCACAAGAUUCUGGUCUUGUCCGGUAAAGGCGGGGUUGGCAAGAGCACUUUCUCUGCUCAGCUCUCCUUUGCCCUCGCGGGAAUGGACCAUCAGGUGGGCCUGAUGGAUAUUGACAUAUGCGGUCCAAGCAUGCCUAAAAUGUUAGGCCUUGAAGGGCACGAGAUUCACCAGAGCAACCUCGGAUGGUCUCCGGUUUACGUGGAAGAGAACCUUGGUGUCAUGUCCAUAGGUUUCAUGCUCCCGAACUCUGACGAAGCCGUGGUCUGGAGAGGUCCGCGCAAGAACGCACUCAUCAAACAGUUCUUGAAGGACGUGUACUGGAGAGACAUCGAUUACCUCGUGGUUGAUGCCCCGCCGGGAACUUCGGACGAGCACAUCUCCAUCGUCCAGUACCUUCAAGCCACUGGGAUCGACGGUGCGAUCAUCGUGACGACCCCACAGGAAGUCUCGUUGAUCGAUGUCAGGAAAGAGGUGAGCUUUUGCAAGAAAGUUGGAGUUCCUGUGCUAGGAGUGGUAGAGAACAUGAGCGGUUUGUCUCAGCCGUUAGCGGAUGUCAAGUUCAUGGAGAUUGGCUCUUCCGUAGACGUGACGCAAGACGUAAUCUCUUGCUUGAGAGAGAACGCGCCAGAGCUUCUUAACGUGUUGGCUUGCAGCGAAGUGUUUGACAGCAGUGGAGGCGGUGCGGAGAGGAUGUGCAGGGAAAUGGGAGUGCCGUUUCUUGGGAAAGUUCCUUUGGAUCCACAGCUUUGCAAAGCAGCUGAACAAGGUAAGUCAUGCUUUGAGGGGAACAACAAGUGUUCUGUUAGCGCACCUGCGCUCAAGAGCAUCAUACAGAAGGUUCUUGCUUCGAUGACCGAGUGAAGAAUUCCACUAAAUAGAUCCAUGCUACUAUGACGGUGUGUAGGCUUUUUGUGCAAGCUAUAGGCAUUGUCUUCGCAUGUGUAAUAAGAUUUGCUAUUAUGAGAUUGGACCAAUAAAUCUUGUCGACUAUAAUAUUUUGAGUAUUUGUCUAA